GGCGCCUGUCGGUCCGCCCUUGGGCCGCACGACCCUCAGCCCCGCCCUGCGUGCCGGGGCGGGACGCGGGGGCUCUGCGGUCCGCGCCGCCGGGCGCUCGGUCGCCCCGCCCCGUCCCUGCCAACGCCCGCUCCGCGGGUCGGUCAGUCAGUCCCGGAGCGCGCGCCGCGGGAGCUGAGGGAGAGGAGCGGCGCGCCUGGAGAGGCGGCGGCGCGGCGCGGGGGACGCGAGCAGCUGCUGCCUCGCGCGGGGCUCCCGGAGGGCCGAGGGGCCGCCACGAUGGAGCAAUUAUCAGAUGAAGAAAUUGACCAUGGUGCUGAAGAAGACAGUGACAAGGAAGAUCAGGACCUGGAUAAAAUGUUUGGAGCCUGGCUUGGGGAACUGGACAAACUUACUCAGAGUUUGGAUUCCGACAAGCCUAAAGAACCAGUGAAAAGAUCUCCUCUUCACCAGGAAACAAACAUGGCCAACUUUUCUUACCGCUUCUCCAUAUACAACUUGAAUGAAGCUCUGAAUCAGGGAGAGACUGUGGAUCUGGAUGCCCUGAUGGCUGAUCUCUGCUCCAUAGAACAGGAGCUCAGCAGUAUUGGCUCAGGAAAUAGUAAGCGUCAAGUCACAGAACCAAAAGUCACUCAGAAGCUACCUAGCCGGCAUACGUCGAAACAUGGCUCUCUGAGAGGAGUAGGAGUAUCAUCUUCUUCUAAUAGAACAACUACUAAACCUUCCCAUGCUAACUACUCCCUGGACGACAUCACUGCACAAUUAGAACAGGCUUCCUUGAGCAUGGAUGAGGCUGCUCAGCAAUCUGUAGUAGAAGAUUCUAAACCUUCAAUGACGAAUCAGCACAGAAGGACUGCGUCAGCUGGCACUGUGAAUGAUGUUGAAGUGCACUCUGUUAGUAACUCCUCCCGUUCGAGCAUCACUUCUGCAGCUUCUAGCAUGGAUUCUUUGGAUACUGACAAAGUGGUGCGUCCUCAAGAACUGGAUUUGACAACACAUCAGGGACAGCCAGUUACUGAGCACUCCUAUCUGGACAGGGAAACCUCCCUUCUCCUGAGAGACAUUGCAGGAAAACCUUCUCAUUUGCUGACCAAGGAGGAACAAGCGGCAAAACUGAAAGCUGAGAAGAUUAGAGUUGCCCUGGAGAAAAUUAAAGAGGCUCAAGUGAAAAAGCUGGUGAUCAGGGUCCACAUGUCUGAUGACAGUUCUAAAACCAUGAUGGUGGAUGAGAGACAAACCGUGAGACAAGUGCUGGAUAACCUGAUGGACAAAUCUCACUGUGGCUACAGUUUAGACUGGUCACUGGUGGAGACCAUUUCUGAGUUACAAAUGGAGAGAAUAUUUGAAGACCAUGAAAACUUAGUUGAAAAUCUUCUUAAUUGGACAAGAGAUAGCCAAAACAAGCUUAUAUUUAUGGAACGUAUAGAAAAAUAUGCACUUUUUAAAAACCCACAGAAUUACCUUCUUGGGAAAAAGGAGACAGUUGAGAUGGCAGACAGAAACAAAGAGGUGCUGUUAGAGGAAUGUUUUUGUGGAAGUUCUGUAACUGUCCCAGAAAUUGAAGGAGUCCUUUGGUUAAAAGACGAUGGCAAGAAGUCUUGGAAGAAGCGUUACUUUCUCUUGCGAGCAUCUGGCAUCUACUAUGUCCCUAAAGGAAAAGCAAAGGUGUCUCGGGAACUGGUGUGCUUUCUUCAGCUGGAUCAUGUUAAUGUGUACUAUGGGCAGGACUAUCGGAGCAAGUACAAAGCACCCACAGACUGUUGUCUGGCGUUAAAGCACCCACAGAUCCAGAAGAAGUCUCAGUAUAUCAAGUACCUCUGCUGUGAUGAUGUGAGGACUCUGCACCAGUGGGUCAAUGGGAUCCGAAUCGCAAAGUAUGGGAAGCAGCUCUACACAAAUUACCAAGAAGCCUUGAAGAGGACAGAGUCCGCUUAUGAUUGGACUUCAUUAUCCAGCUCCAGCAUUAAAUCUGGGUCCAGUUCUUCCAGCAUCCCAGAGUCUCAGUCAAAUCAUUCUAAUCAGUCUGACAGUGGAGUCUCUGACACCCUACCCACAGGACACAUCCGAUCCCAAAGCACUGUGAGCUCCAUGUUCUCGGAAGCCUGGAAGCGUGGCACUCAGUUGGAAGAGUCCAGCAAGUCCAGUUUGUCCUGCUGAUAUAUACAUAGCUGACUAGCCGCUGGAAUAUGGGUCAUCCCACCAAGAGCCACACCAUCACAGAAAACAGAAGCCGUCAGCUGUCAACUGCUCCCCAGUUAGGGGUGGGGGCUCAUGAACUCCUUUCCACUCUCCACUACAAUGCUGACCUGCUUUUGUGCAGGCAACCACAGCUGAGCUUAUCCACUUGGGUCCUCUCCAUGUCAAAAUGUCCCUUCUCCCUCAUGUACAAUGGUUGCCGCACCUUGGGGAGAGGUCAUGUGAUGUAUAGAUGUCCCGAUUGGCGCUGACCACUGCACAGUCACUUACUCUCUGACUUGGCCUAGUGUGAGUUUUUGUAUUAGCCCCAUCUACUGCACACACAAACUUCUUUGUUAAGAUUUGAGAGCGACCUUAGAGGUUUUCUUAGCUAAGUAGUCCUCCAUCAGGUAUCCUCAGAAUUCCUGUAGGAAGGAUAUGUUCUGGCUGCAGUCACCACUUCAAGCAGAAAGGGUAUACCAUCAUUGAGGACCCAGGGGUACCCUGGCCAGACUCCUGAUUUUUACAGUCAUCGUUUUGUUGUUUUGUUUUGUUAUGGUUCUUUUGGUCUGAGUCACAAAUACAAACACAUCCACAAACGAGAAUCAAAAGGAACAUUUAAAUUUGUCCUCAAAACAGAUUCAUUACCUAAUUUUUAUAUGUGGUUGAUUAGCUGGCGUGGGGGUGGGAGGUAUGAAAGUGAGUAGUUAAUAAUUGGUUUUAAUGACCUAAACUCUUUAAACACUGUUAAAAUCCCUUAUCAGAAAAUUUUAAUAAUUCUUUCUUCAAUCCUAGAACCUUUUUCCUCAAGUACUAGAUAUUGAACCUAGGACCUUGCACAUGCUAGGCAAACACUCUGUCACAGACCUAUGUCCCAAUCUUUUUAAUGUUUCCUAGCUGUCCUUCAGUGUGUAAUCCUCCUGUCUCAGCCUUCUAAGUAGGACCGUGUCAACAGUUUAGGUGAACAUAAUGCUCUAAGCACGUACUAGAAACCAUAUUCUAUGUAAUUUUACAUGUGUGCCUUGGCGGGGGAUGUAGCUCAGUGGUAGAGCACUUGUCUAGCAUGCACCAAACUCCAGGUUACAAAGCUACCUACUUGUCACAUGUGAAAUCAAGGAAAGCAAAGACUCUGUGCUUAGGAAACAAAGUCUGUCACUGUAGUUUCUGAAAGAGAAUCAACCCUGCUGUGCAGUAGUGUCAGAGUCUUGAUCCUGUGUUUCUUCUGUUACCUCAGUCCCAGGUGCCACACGAGAAGGCCCGCACAGCUAAGGUCAGCAGGCCUGAAGCAGCCAAGACAGGGUCAAGUUAAGGUCAGGGCUGUUCUCUGAAAUACAUUAACCUGGGUGACGCCUAUAACCAAAUCUUACAAACUAAUGCUUUUCGUUUCAUGUAUAAUUUUUAGAGAACCAUGUGAACGUCCUGAUAGGCAUUAGAAUUCAGCUCUGUGAAUGAACACUGUAGUUCUAAGUACCCUCCAUCUCAAUCAGUAUCAUUUGUGAUUGAAAAGAGUUCACAGAAAUAAGAGCCCAAAAGGCGUUCCCAAAGUUAUUAAAUCAAAAUUCCUUCAUUUCCUUAUUUCAGAAGUCCUUGAGCCAGAGAUUUAUACAUGGUUGUUCAGGCAACAAGCAACCGAAUGUAGUCAUUUCGGCAAUACUAAUACUACCCAGACGGCGUGGUCGGCAGCUUACUGGCAAACCUUAGCUCCUACUUGAUGACUUCUCUUAGUUCUACAGAGUUUCUUCUUAUUUUCAUCUGGCUUUUUCUGUGUGAUGUUUUAUCUUUUGCUGUAAUGUUUACAGCACAUUUCUUUAUGUACUUCCCAGUAAAGCAAACGCAAAGAGUGCUCCCCUUUCUUGCACUGCUGGACUUGUGUGCAUGUUGGAUGCAAAUGUUUCACACAACACGAGCGUGUGUGUCGAGUUCUUUCAUUCCUGUGUGACUGCACAACUGCUGAGCAUUCUCACACUCCUGUGUCGGCUUACUAGAAUCAAAAAGCUAUCCUCACUCUACCAGCGUUCCUUACCCUAGGACAGCAUCUGUGUGAAACUCUUGACCCAGGAGGACCUAGGGCAGGGUUUGUGAAAGUCCCAUUGCCAAGGUCAGAAAUCACCUAUCCUGUUACCACCCAAAUGACUUUACAACGGGAGCUUGUUCCUAGACUGUUAGUCAGUAUAGCUGUUAAGAGAAUAUUGCAGGGUAAAACAAAUUUUCUGCAUCCUCGUUACCUAGAGUAUCAGAUUGUAACCUUCCUGACAUUGUCUGUCUUUAUAAUCACCAGCUGCUGCAUCCUCCUCAUGCAUGCCCUAGAUCCCUUGCUUUUUAGUGUGAUAGAGUCAAAGCUUACCUCUGUAACUGUUGUGUUGUGUUUUUCUCCCUCCCACCUCCCUUUUAUACUUCC